AUGGGAAGCGUCAGCAGCCUCAUCUCAGGUCACAGUCUUCACAGCAAGCACUGUCAGGCCACGGAGUACAAAUUAAAGAAAGCAGGCCAUCCCCGGAAGACAGGCCGGAGCCUGGAUGGCCUACUGAAGUAUAGCUUUGCACAGGGGUCCUCCAACAACACAUCUAAAGCCAUCUCUCAGGCAGGCAGGAGUGAGGACUUCUUUUACAUAAAAGUGAGCCACAAGCCGCGGACGACUCACCAGAGAGGCAUCCCAACAGAGGACCAUUUAGGACAGGGACAUUUUACUGAUACGGAACCAGACAGUAGAGUGCCACCUAAAUUGCUGCCUAUGUCUGGGAAACUGGAGAAGAAUACCGAGAACGCUUUGAUCCGGCCCACAGCCUUCAAGCCAGUCAUCCCUAGGAGCACCUCUUCCACAGAGACUCGCGACAAUCUCACCCACCUGCUUAUUCCCCCAGAAAGGACCAAAGACUCCCAGGGGCCCAAACAGGACACCUUUUCAGUGACCCUCUCAGACUCUGGGCAGGAUUCAAUGUCCAGCCUGCCUACUCAAAGCACCAAUGGGAGCCUCAGUGCUUCCACAGGCCCAUUGUCUCAGUGUGCAGGAGGCUCAGCCCAUGGCAUGACCCAUCCCCUGCAGCCCCCCCGCUCUACAUGGACCAAUGGGAAUGGCAUUAGAGCCAGUGCUAGAGUUGCAGCUCUAAGCAAUGGAGGGGCAGUGAAGGCUAACAGGGAUGCCGUCUCCAUACCGUCCACUCAGCAGCAUAUUCCUCUGUUGGAGGAGAUGGGAGGCUGUAAUCGCUCUCCCAUCUCAAUGGACGAGUCCCUCAUUGAGCUGCUGGAGCAGAGGCUGCUGGAGAGUGAGACAGAGCUGCAGGAGCUGCAGGUGAGCUUUGAGGAGAAAGAGGUGGACACUUGCCAGCUGUUUGAGGAGAGGCAGAGGUAUUGUGUUGAGGAGAUGGAGGGCCUGAAGCAGAGGUGCUCCACCAAGCUCAGGCAGGUCUCGCACAGGGCCGUGAGGAACCACCAGGCCUUGCAACUGCAGGUCAGUCAGCUGCAACAAGACAAGCAGAGGCUCCAGGAUGAGCUGGCCAGGAUGACCCAGGAAAAGGACCUGACAGAGGUCAAACUGAGGUCGUUUGAGAGGGAGAAAACCCAGCUCGAGCCCACCUUAGAGGAGACCCAGUGGGAGGUAUGUCAAAAGACUGGGGAGAUCUCCCUGCUGAAGCAGCAUCUCAGGGACUCCCAGGCUGAUGUCACUCACAAGCUGAAUGACAUCGUCAGCCUCAAGGUCUCGCUGAAGGAGACUCGGGCCAAAAUGGAGGCAUUGGGGCAGCAGAACAAAGAACAAGAGGACAAGAUACGCUCUCGCAGUGUGGAGGUCGAGGUAUGCCACAAUGAGCUCCAGCGCAAGAAGAACGAGGCUGAUCUUCUAAGAGAAAAGGUGGGUAUACUAGAGACAGACAUCAAAGGAAUUAAAAAGGAUCUGGCCCUGGCAAAAGAACAGAGGUCAGACCAGAGUCGGGGGAGAGAAGGGUGCAUGAGCACUGACUCCCUCCAGGGAGAGGUGGAGAGACUGAAAGGGGAGCUCAGGGAAGAGAGAGAGACUCAGGAGAGGCUGUUGAACAGCUUUGAGCAUGAAAGACAGACGUGGAACAAGGAGAAGGACAGAGUCAUCAAGUACCAGAACCAGCUUCAGCUCAACUAUCUGCAGAUGCACAAGAAGAACCAAGAUUUGGAGAGAAUCCUGCAGGAGCUCACAGUGGAGCUGGAGAGUCGGCCGGAGCUCGACGUGGACAUCCACAGCUCAGGGUUACACUAUGAGGAUAUGAUAGCCACAGAAAUUUGA